GCUAACACAUUCAUUCAUUCAUUAUAUAAGAAGAAACAAGAGGGAGAGAUUAUGACACACAAAUAGAGCUUACACAAAUAACAAAAAAAAGAAGCUAUUUCCUCUCUCUCUCUCUCUCUCUCUCUCUCUCUCUAAAUUCUUCAAUUUCAGAGUCUUUUUUUUUUCCUUCAGAGACAUUAAUUUUGUGUACCAACAUUUUAGGCCAUUAUUAAUGUUGUUUGUGUAAUGUGUGCGUGUUGUAAGAGCUUGAUAGAUUGAGAUCUAAACUGGGUUUGUUAUAGAUUUUUCCUUCUCUAGGUUUGUCUGCAAAGCAAAGUGGGGGGGUUUGAGCUAGUGACUGACACAUUCCAGCUCUGCCUCCAUUGUUUUUCUUGACAAGGAAGCAAAUAAUCACAAACACAGCUAAAAGGCAAAAACAUAUUCGUGCUCUUUUCGCAAAGUGAACCAUCUUAUACUCUUUCACUUCCUUGCUAACUUUCCCAUCACCUUCUCAUAGCUUUUUGGUUUUGUUUUUCUUAUUAACAACAAAGAAAAAAGCCUUGAAAUGGAUCGGCUUUCAUCGUCGACAAUUCUUCCAGACGCAUUUCAAGGAGCCAGAGAUGACAUUUCCAUGCAACUUGAAAUUAUCUGGGCUCAGAUCAAAGCGCCAUUGAUUGUCCCUCUGUUAAGAAUCUCAGUGGUUUUGUGCUUGAUCAUGUCGGUGAUGCUGUUCAUCGAGAGGGUUUAUAUGGGUAUUGUCAUUGUUCUGAUUAAGCUGUUUGGUCGAAAACCCGAAAAGCGUUACAAAUGGGAGGCAAUUAAAGACGACGUUGAGCUUGGAAACUCAGCUUAUCCUAUGGUCCUUGUCCAAAUCCCCAUGUACAACGAAAGAGAGGUGUAUCAACUAUCAAUUGGAGCUGCAUGUGGGCUUUCAUGGCCUUCUGAUCGAAUCAUCAUACAAGUACUUGAUGAUUCCACAGACCCAACAAUAAAGGACUUGGUGGAGCUAGAAUGUCAAAGGUGGGCAAGCAAAGGCAUAAACAUAAAGUACGAAAUUAGAGACAACAGAAAUGGGUAUAAGGCAGGUGCUUUGAAAGAAGGCAUGAAGCGUAGCUACGUGAAACACUGCGAUUAUGUAGCCAUUCUUGACGCGGAUUUUCAACCCGAACCAGAUUUUCUAUGGCGAACCAUACCUUUCCUUACCCAUAAUCCUCAACUAGCACUCGUUCAGGCCCGUUGGAAAUUCGUGAACUCCGAUGAGUGCUUGAUGACAAGAAUUCAAGAAAUGUCAUUGGAUUACCAUUUCACAGUGGAGCAAGAAGUGGGGUCAUCCACAUAUGCCUUCUUUGGAUUCAAUGGGACAGCAGGUGUGUGGAGAAUUGCUGCACUUAAUGAGGCUGGAGGAUGGAAAGACAGGACCACUGUGGAAGAUAUGGACCUGGCUGUUAGAGCUAGUCUCAAAGGAUGGAAAUUUUUGUACCUCGGAGGUGUUCAGGUGAAAAAUGAAUUGCCUAGUACAUUCAAAGCCUACCGGUACCAACAACAUCGGUGGUCAUGUGGUCCGGCCAAUCUUUUCAGGAAAAUGGUAGUAGAGAUUAUAAGAAACAAGAAAGUAUCUUUAUGGAAGAAGUUACAUGUGAUAUACAGCUUCUUCUUUAUUCGGAAGAUCAUAGCCCACAUAAACACAUUUGUGUUUUACUGCAUUGUACUACCAGCAACUGUUGUAGUACCUGAAGUUGUGGUUCCAAAGUGGGGAUCAGUUUACAUUCCAUCCCUCAUCACCCUUCUUAAUGCUGUUGGAACUCCAAGGUCACUCCACUUAUUGGUUUUCUGGAUCCUUUUUGAGAACGUCAUGUCACUACAUCGAAUGAAGGCUACCAUCAUUGGUCUACUAGAGACAAAUCGAGCAAAUGAAUGGAUUGUAACAGAGAAACUAGGAGAUGCUUUCAAGGCUAAAGCAGGCUUGAAAGCACCAAGAAAACCUCGGUUCAGGAUUGGAGGAAGACUCCAUUUACUAGAGCUUGCAGUUGGAGCAUUCCUAUUAUUUAUUGGCUGGUAUGAUGUUUUCUUUGGAAAAAACCACUUCUUCCUAUUCCUUUUUAUGCAAGCAGCUGCCUUCUUCAUCGUGGGGUUUGGGUACGUUGGCACCUUUGUCCCAAACUCUUAGAGGAACUCCAACAAUGAUACUGAAGUUCUUUUUGCCAUUUUGUUAAUGUGUCUGUAUAAUUUCUGCUUCAGCAACAUAUACAUGACCAUUCAUACCGACAAUAUCUUGAAAUUAUAGCUUUGUAAAAAAGAACAAAACUAUAUAUGGUCAAUUUUCUAGGCUCGCAUAAUAUUUGAGAUAGUGAUUCGAAAAAUUUAGUUC